GAAACUUAUUCCCUGCUCCCUGAACACAAAGUGAACGCCCCUUUAAAAUCCAACGAUAACGAUAUCGCAGCAAUGUCGUAACGAUAUCGUUCGAUGUUUAAGACCAAGGGGUCAAGUCAAAUCAGUUCGUAAUUAUUUUUUGGAGCAAUUACUUGUGUGUAUUAACUUUUAACAAUGUAUUUAACAAAGUGUUGUUUCUGUGUACCUUUGAGGAAAGGACUUUUGGCUUUCUCUUAUUUGAAGAUUGUGGCGUUUAUCAGCAACUGUAUCUAUUGGAUGUUGUCGGACAUAUCUCCAUCAAAUAUAGACGAUUAUACAGCGCAAAUUAAUUUAGUUUUAUACAUCAUAGGACUCGUGUCACAAGUUGUUGAAAUUAUUUUCACCACUCUGCUCAUAGUUGGGAUACAUAAGCAAAGAAUAACGAUAAUCCGCAUCACAUAUGUAUACAAUGUACUGAUGCUGGGAGUCGAAAUCCUCAUCGCCGUGGUGUAUAUUCCACUACAAUCGUAUCGUUUAUAUGUGUACGAUCAAGAGAACGUUUGGUUCUUACUUAUCGCCUUGAUGUCUUUGGCUUUACUUUUUAUAUUGUUGCAACUUUACACCGUGGUGCUAGUUCGAAGCCAGAUAUGCAGCAUGCGAAAACAGUGCGUAUCUGAUCCAAAUCGCUCAGAAUAUUGUAAUAGAAAACCUUACGUUGUAUACUAGAACUUUCUAGAAUUGUGAGAACAAAGAAUAUAAUUAUUACAGUAACAAAUUGUGUUCAAUUAUUAAGACGGUAACCCCAAUUCUGUACUUCACUGUUAAAAUGACAUUUUGAUUUUUUUCC